GGAUCUGGCGGAUCUUGCUUAGAUCCGGCCCAUUCUUUUAUCUGCAAGCCCUAUUCCACCUCUCCGGCUACCCACACUUCCACCCCCUCUCUCUCUCACACACAUACACAGUCACACAGUGACACAGUCACAUUUACCAUAGUUCCAGCAGCAGCAAUGGGUGAAGAAGAAAUGGAAGGAAAAGUUAUGGAAGGGGUAGCAUCAAUAGCACUCCUAGAAGACGGGUCAAUUUCGGGUCACUUCAUUCAUCUUCCCCAUUCUAUCUGUUAUGGUAUCCAUGGCACUGAGAUGGUUUGCGAAAGGGAAUGCAGCAGGGGCGAGGACUACCGCCUGGUCAAGCUCACAAUAAUUGACUACAAUAAAAAGAGAGAAAGGGACGUCAUAGUGGAGUGCAGAGGACAUGAUGCUGCUAGGAUACAUAACGUUGACCAUGCUCAUGGAUGGGAAGAUGAUGUCGUGAAUAUGGUUGACCAGAAGGACCAGAAGCACAAGAUUCUUGUUUCUUUCGAGUGUGAGACACUGAAAGCAGGUAAAGCAGCUGAGGACCAUAUCAACAAGUUCAUGCCCAAAUUAGCCGGGAUUGAUGCUGUUGUUAACGUUGGCAAGAUGAGUAUCGUAGGCUUAGAUUUCACUGAUGAAACUGGAGAUGGAGAUGAUAACCAGCAGCAUAUUUGACCCGUCCAAUUUCAGUAGUCCUAUCUUUUUUCAGCUGCAGCUCUUCUGCUGCCUUGUGUCACUCGAGCACUUUGACUUGAAAACUAUUUCAGAAGUUAAACCGGGAUGUGUUUAUCUUGUUGGUCAUGUAGUUUGAGGCUUAUUAUCUUGGUGUUGUGCCAUUUCUUGUAAUUAUAGUACUCCAAAAGCUACUAUAGGUUUUGCUAAUUUUCACUUUAGAUUAAGAUGUAUUGCUAAGUGUUGACAAUGUUAUACUGGGGAGAUUCGAGCUCAGAGCUCAAUUGUAAAUAUAUGGUGCACAAAGUCGAGCUAAACUCUCGUGAUUACUAUUACGCUAUGAUUACAAUUUCUUUA